AUGCCAAGAUUGCUUCCAUUCGAUAGAGGUUUCAACAGGAUUGUCCAAGGCUUUUGUCCAAGGUGCAGUGCUAAAAGAGAAACGCUUAUUCACUCCCUCAAAAUAUUGCCUAACAGCGAGUGCCUCCUUUCCAUUAGUGGCAUAGACAUCAGGCUUCUUACUAAAGAGUAUCAUUACUGCAUCAACUGGCUCGAGGACAUAAAGUGCGUGCUGGAUAAAAAAGCUACUACCGACUUCAUAACAACUCUUUGGAACAGUUGGAACAACCGAAAUAAUUUUAUAUUUCGUGGUAAGAAAGAUGAAACGUAUGUUGUUUGGGAAAGAGCCAAAACCUUAAGCCACGACUUUCGUAUCUACAAUCUGGUGAAUGACCCUAUUAUUCUUGCUACUCCUGUUUGUAAAAAAUGGGAGAAACCCCAGAGAGGCUAUGCAAAAGUUAAUUUCGAUGCUGCGAUUAACAAUAACAAAACAAGCUAUGGGUUUAUUAUUAGAGCUGAGGAUGGUUUUGUUAUUGGCGGUGGCGGGGGUUUCAAGGAAGAAACUUUGUCGGCAGAAUGGGAUGAAUCAUAUGCUUUUGAGGAAAACUUAAAAAAGGCGCGGUCUCUUAACAUUUCUAAAGUAGUCUUUGAAACUGAUAAUGCUAGUUUUGUUAACAGAGAAAAGAAACAUUGGAGGGACAUCACCAUUAUGGGGGCGAGAAUCAAUUAA